CUUCAGUUCUAUCUACUAAAUAUACCAUAAUAAACUGUGAUAGUAAAACAUAAACUUUAUUAUUAAGUUCCCCACUGGAAACAAGAAAUUUACGAUGGAACCACCAAUUCAUCCCGAAGAACUGCUCCUCACUUGGGCAAAGUGGCCCAUCCUUGGCGUCCAGUUUAACGGAUAUCUUUCACUCUCCGUAACCCAAAACAAAUUUACAAAAGAUACACAAUCUCAACCGAAAAAUUACCGCAAAUCUUUACAAUUUCACUUCGUCAGCAUUCCAUUUAUAUUUCAUGUAUUAUUUAUAACAAUAUUCUCAGUUCUUAUCAUCUGCUUCGGCAACAAGGGUUACAACGCGUUCAAACGGUUAGAGGAGCUCUCAUCCGACGCCACAAUCCUUGCCGGUUACACUCUUUGUGGAUUCAUAUAUACGAUAGGAAAUCGAACCUGGAGUUUAUUCAGUGUUAAGAAAAGCCUCGUCUUUUGGGCUUAUCAAGUGGAUAAGAUUAGUCUUAUCACGCCUAAUUUGUGGGACCCUGAAUCUGUGCGGGAUUUACGAAAAGAAAUUCGUACAUCAUUUCUCCGUACCGUUUUCUUCAUCAGUAUCGUCAUGAUCUCACUAUUUUUGGGUGAUUUAAUUUUAGUGGAUUUUUUGAAAAUCUCGAAAUAUAGCGUUAUUGCGGAUUCCUUCAUGGGUCAGAGCGGUCCCGUUGUAAUUGCUGGAUUAUUUUGGACAUAUUGCUAUUUUUCUAAUGCAUUUUUGUCCGUCUGGUUAAGUUUCUUUGUUAAAAUAUAUGCCGCUGCAGUGUCAUCAAUUCGGGCUGAGGUGAAACUCGGGAAAAUUACUGGGACAAAAAUAGCCAGAAUUUCGAAAGCUUAUAGCAUUUUAAUUAAGCUGGUGAAUCACUUUAAUGCUAAAAUGGGGAGAAGGAUAUUUUUAGAGGUGGGAUUUAACCUAAUUUUCAUCUUGGGUAGCACCUACUUUGUCAUUGUUUCUGUGAAAGUGGGCGAAAUUGGAAAUAUGCUGACGAACCUGACUAGUGCCGUGUUAUCGAUGCAUGUCCUGUACAUUUACGGUAAUGAUGGAGAAAAGCUGGAGGCCGCGAGGGUACAAUUGGUAACUUUGUUGUGUGAAUUGGAAGGAAAUUGGGAGAUGGGAGUGGCAGAUAAGCAGAUUCGGGAUUUUCAAAUGAAGGUGAAAACGUGCAAGCUACGGAUAACACCUGAAAAUUAUUUUAAGCUUGAUAGAAGUUUCAUUUUGUCGGUUUUGCCGAUUUUGAUGACGCUAUUAAUUGUGUUGGCCCAAUUCAGAGAUUCUGACGAGAAGGGUGGGACACGUUAA